AUCAUGAGCUCUGUCGCAUCGUCUAACUCUGGACAGAAAUGGAAUCCAAAAAACUUAGAAAUUCGUACUCUUUCUGUUGAAAAGACGCUGGAACCGCUUGUAGUUCAAGUGACAACGUUGGUUAACAAUAAGGGACCAUCAAACAAGAAGAAAGGUAGAAGCAAACGACCAAAAGUUUUAGUUGCAGAUGUGGAAAAAGCAACUUCUUUGUUUAUUGAACAUGGAUUGGAAAUAGCAAGGGAUAAUCCGGAGUUAAAAGCUGAACUGGAAGAAGCUGUUGAAGAUACACGCCGUGAUGGUGAAGUUAUGUCUAAAACAUCUCAUGCCUUUGCUGAUGAUCCAUGUUCUUCAAUGAAAAGAGGAAGUAUGGUUCGAGCGGCAAGAGCUCUUCUAUCUUCUGUCACUCGACUCUUGAUCCUUGCUGACAUGGCUGAUAUUUACAACUUGCUGCGACAACUUAAAAUUGCAAGGAAGUCCGUGGGCUUGGUUAAGGAUUCUAAUAAUCCGGAUGAUUUGAUCAAAAAUUUCAAGGCUUUUGGGACGGAUUUGGCUCGUCUCAACCAUGCAACUAUGUUGAGGCAGAACGAUUUAAAAGAUUUACGCAGAAGAGAUGAACUUGCUGCUGCUCGUGCAGACCUUAAGAAGAACAGCAUGAUGUUGUACACUUCAUCACUAGCUUCCAUUCGACAUCCAGAAGUUGCGGCAGCAAAAGCCAAUCGUGAUUAUGUUUACAGAAAGGUCUUGGGUGCGAUGGAUCGGAUUUCAACUGCGGUGCAAGCAACAGGGCCAUCGGAACCUAGGCCAGAAGAAGGUGCUGGCGAACUAGCCUUUGCUUUGGAUGAAUUUCUCCAGCGAGUGGAUAUGGAGCCUCUUGACUUUGAUGAGGUCCGUCACCGCCCAUCACUUGAAGAGAGGCUUGAGAGUAUCAUCAGUGGAGCUGCUUUAAUGGCUGAUUCAUCUUGUACUAGAGAGGAUAGACGUGAAAGAAUUGUUGCUGAAUGCAAUGCUGUCAGACAAGCUCUACAGGAUCUCUUGCAGGAAUAUUUGAACAACGCUGGUCGUCGUGAUAAAUCCGAUGAUCUGGAAGCUGCUGUGGAUCACAUGAUGCAGAAGACAAAAGACCUUCGUCGCCAGUUAUGUAAGGCAGUUAUCGACCAUGUUUCUGAUUCUUUCUUAGAUACCAACAUCCCUAUUCUUGUACUCAUCGAAGCAGCACAAAGCGGAGAUGAAAAGCAGGUGAAGGAAUACGCACAAGUCUUCCGUGAACAUGCAAAUAAAUUGGUUGAAGUUGCGAACCUAGCAUGCUCUAUGUCUAGCAAUGAGGAAGGAGUUAAGAUGGUGAAAAUGGCAGCAAAACAAAUUGAGACCUUGUGUCCACAAGUUAUCAAUGCUGCGCUUACACUGGCUGCACGACCUAGUAGUAAAAUUGCCCAGGAUAACAUGAAUGUCUUCAAAGAUGCUUGGUUAAAUCAAGUUCAAACACUCACUGAAGCAGUGGAUGAAAUUACCACCAUCGAGAAUUUCUUGGCAGUUUCUGAAGCUCAUAUCCUGGAAGACGUUACCAGCUGUGUGGUGGCACUUCAGCAAGGUAACCCGGAGAUGCUGGAUAGAAAAGGAGGUGACAUUCGUGGCAGAACAGCCAGAAUUUGCCAGGUGGUCAUUAGUGAAAUGGAGCAUUAUGAACCAGACUACUACACACAAAAGGUGGUUGACUCAUGUGAAAUGCUUAAGAGCCAGGUGAUGCCAAAAUUCGAGGCUCGAUUGGAAACCACAAUUAAUGCUUUGGCUAAGGAUCCUCAAGAAGACCCACAGGAGAAUGAGUUUAUUGAUAGCUCCCGUUUUGUGUACGAUGCUGUGCGUGAAGUUCGUCGUGCUGUGUUGAUGAUCAAGAAUCCAGAAGAUGUUGAUGAUUCAGACAUAGAUGCCAUGGAUGGUUCCGAGAGUGGAGCAAGUCGUCUCAGUGGAAAGACGGUGGAGACAGAAAGUGGCCCAACAGAUCAAACCAUGAUGAGAAGGUUGCCAGAGGCUGAAAAAGCAAAGAUUUUACAGAAUGUGCAAGAAUUUGUCAAGGAGAAAACUCUUCUUGAUCUUGAGAUUUCAAAAUGGGACGAAUCAUCUAACGAUAUUAUUGUGCUGGCUAAAUCUAUGUGUGUAAUUAUGAUGGACAUGACUGACUUCACACGGGGACGAGGACGUCUAAAGAACACAAGUGAUGUGAUUGAUGCAGCUCGAGAGAUUGCUGAUGCUGGAUCCAGGUUGGACAAAUUGGCAAGAGCUAUUGCAGAGGUUUGCCCAGACUCAAGUGUGAAACAAGAUUUGCUUGCUUACCUUCAGCGAAUUGCUUUGUAUUGCCAUCAGUUGAACAUGUGCGCUAAAGUGAAGGCAGAGGUGCAGAAUAUUUCUGGUGAGAUGAUAGUGUCCGGGCUCGACAGUGCCACAUCGCUUAUCCAAGCUGCCAAGAACUUGAUGAAUGCGGUAGUCCUUACUGUCAAAUCAUCGUACGUUGGCUCAACCAAGUACAGGAAAGCAGGUACCAUGCAUACAGAUGGUAUUUUGUGGAAAAUGAAGGCCCCAGAGAAGAAACCACUUAUUCGAAGAGAAAUUGGUGAUGACAAAAAGGCUCCUGUUCGGCGGGCUUCACAGAAACGACUUGUCAAUCCAGCCCAGGCCCUUAGUGAGUUUAAAGCUGACAUUUAAACUGGUCUACUGUUGCGUAACUUUUAUACUUUUAACUGAAAAUGAGCCAAAAUUUGUGUACUUUUAAUUUUACAUCAUUUCCGGUGCUUUUUUACUCAUUUUCAUUUCAGAAUUGUGAACGUGUACAUAUUAGUUUUCUGUUUGUGCGUAUAACCUAUUCUGUCAAGAACUGCCUGUCUUUAGCCUAUUUAAUUUUAUCAAAAUAAGGUAUUUUUAUACUUGACCAUGCAUUGAAGUUAAGUUAACAGUAUUUGUUAUGAUACACUUUACUUUUGACCAAAUUAAUGUCAGUCAAGUGCCUUUGUGCUUAUUUCAUAUACCAAUUAAUUCCAAGUACUGAGCUGAUUUUACCCUUUACGUUUUUUUGCUGUACAAAUGUUUAAUCUGAUCUGUCAUUACCAAAUGCUGUAUAGGUGGGUACUAUAGGUUUAGAUUAGUGGUACAAACGGUGCUUUUUCGCAUGGCUGAUACAGUGUAGAUUAUUGAAUUUCAUAUAAUGCGUUUGUGUGCUUUUAAUCAUGUAGCAUUUGUGUUUUAAAUACAUAAUCAUGGCUUGUAAAUUUUAA